AUGGCCAGCAGGGAUGCCAGUGAGAGCACCCCUCUUUUGGACAGCAGCUCUGUGACUGUAAACAGACCUGUGUCAGUGUUCCAGGGUAGAAGACUGGCAUGUGCAACUAUUCUGCUGGCAGAAUCAUUGGAACGAGUGGCAUUCUAUGGCAUCACUUCCAACCUGGUCCUUUUCCUCAACAGUAGCCCAUUUUAUUGGGAGGGAACUCAGGCCAGCCAGGCACCACUGAUGUUCAUGGGGGUUACAUACCUGAUCUCACCAUUUGGUGGCUGGCUGGCUGAUGCAUAUCUGGGAAAGUUCUGGACCAUUGCUGGCAGUUUGAUCCUGUACUUCCUUGGCAUACUGUUUUUCCCAUUUAUCGCAAGUACAGACUCCAGGAAUACCCUGUGUGGUGAUGAAAUGGCAUUUCCAGUGCAACCUGCUGAGUGUUUGAGCAUAAACAGUACCCUUCCAAGCAAUGUGACCUGCCCCACACGGGCACCUUACUGUGGGCCAGUGAUCUACACUGGCCUUGUUCUAAUUGCCCUUGGUGUGGGAACAGUGAAAUCCAACAUCACUCCAUUUGGGGCAGACCAGGUACAGUAUAUCUUAUGAGUAAACAAAGCAAUCCCUCUAAGAUCUCUUAUGAAAACUUAAUGAAUGCUCAAUUUAUUAUGCUAUCCAAUCUAACAUAGCCUAAUUUAUAAAGCCUGAAAGGUUCUAAACAUGAUCUUACUUUGGUCAGCCUUGUAUAUGGACUGAAAUGGUAAUUGUAGAAUAGGCAACAUUUUGAUGUAGUAUGCCUGUCAUCUCUCUUGGUUUACCAUGAUAACUCAAUCUGCAAGACCCCUGCUGGUUGUCGCAAUUUGUCAUUUGCAUCAUGAGGUUUACAUUUGGUUAAUGCCAUCAAUCAGGUCAACACACCAGUCAUCUGAGGCUGAGAAGAAUGCUAGAUGAGUAAUUGUACAUCAACAUAGGAAGUGAAACUCACAUCUGUCUCUUUCUUUUUCUCAUUGAAAUUAAGGAUUAGGCCUACCUAUAAGACCCUUCAUGAAAGAGGAAAGCCCAUUGCAGUGGGAAAUCUCUGAAAGGUUUCAUUGUUAUUCAAAUCUAGCUAAACCACACUGGCCAAAAUAGUUAUCAAAGAGGUGGUGACUUUGAUUAGCACAUAUUUCAAUUCCAUCGUCAUAUGAUUUUCAAUUGUUUUUUCUUGCUACAUUUUUAGUGGAUGAUUGGUUUAGAGACACCUUUUUUUCAUUUUGAUUGGUAAAUGUUUCAUGUGGGAUACAAAAAGUAAUAUUGGGGUAAAAUGGUCCAUGCCACUCAGUAAAAUUAGUUGUUCACCUUCAAAACAUUAUUAGAUUAGCCUAUUCAUGAGUUAGUGGACAGUCGUAUUGCUUUUCACAAGGUUACUUCCCCUUUUUUGAAGCACGGAAUAGAAGGAAGAUAUUAGCAGUGUAGGAUGCAUCACGUGGUAGUUAUACAAUCAUUUGCUGCCAUUGAAUGAUGGGAUUUACAAUAACAUAUUUCCUAUGAUUAGGCCUACUGUGUAUUUUAGAUGGCCAUACAUGCCCAUGUUAGGUCUAGCCUAUGUCUUGAGUUUGAUAUAAUACUGCAAUUCAGUUUUUUUUCUAAAGGAUGCUGAUGGAGUACAGAGGUUGAAUGAUGAUGAAAUUGGUUGCCAUAACAAGCCUUUUUGCUUCACAGGUAAAAGAUCGCGGCCCAGAGGCCACUCGCAGGUUCUUCAACUGGUUCUACUGGUGCAUCAACCUGGGGGCCAUCUUGUCCCUAGGUGGCGUGGCUUACAUCCAGCAGAACAUCAACUUCCAGUUGGGGUACAUCAUCCCAGCUGUGUGCCUGGGUGUCUCCUUUCUGGUGUUCCUGCUGGGGCGUACAGUCUUCAUCAACAAGCCUGCUGACGGUAGUGCCUUCACUGAUAUGUUCAAGAUCCUGGGUUAUGCCUGCUGCACCGCACAGCCCAAAGAGCCCAACCUGCUACGGUAAGAGGGGCCAGCCAGAUCACCAUUGUGUUGCUGUUACUUAGUAGUACUAUCAGUAGAUGGAUGUGGGCUUGAUCAAGGUUGUGAAUGAGGCUGGGCUCUCUCUGAUCUCGAUGGACACCCAAUACUCUUAACUUUAUAGCAAACAUCUUCAAAUCUACUUUAGGAUUUAAAAAAAGAAAGCUAUGUGGUCCUGUAUAGCUCAGUUGGUAGAGCAUGGCGCUUGCAAUGCCAGGAUUGUGGGUUCGAUUCCCAGCGCCACCCAUAUGUAAAAUGACAAAGAAGCUUGCUUACAAGCCCUUAACCAACAAUGCAAAGUAAAAAAAAAAUAAAGAAAAAAGUGUUAAGCAAAAAAACCGGGUUGGGGGUGGGGGGGGCAGUGCAAAUAGUCCGGGUAGCCAUGAUUAGCUUUUCAGGAGUCUUAUGGCUUGGGGGUAGAAGCUGUUGAGAAGCCUUUUGGACUUAGACUUGGCGCUCCGGUACCGCUUGCCGUGCGGUAGCAGAGAGAACAGUCUAUGACUAGGGUGGCUGGACAAUUAUGAGGGCCUUUCUCUGACACCACCUGGUAUAGAGGUCCUGGAUGGCAGGAAGCUUGGCCCCAGUGAUGUACUGGGCCGUACGCACUACCCUCUGUAGUGCCUUCCAGUCGGAGGCCGAGCAGUUGCCAUACCAGGCGGUGAUGCAACCAGUCAGGAUGCUCUCGAUGGUGCAGCUGUAGAACCUUUUGAGGAUCUGAGGACCCAUGCCAAAUGUUUUCAGUCUCCUGAGGGGGAGUAGGCUUUGUCGUGCCCUCUUCACGAUUGUCUUGGUGUGUUUGGACCAUGAUAGUUCGUUGGUGAUGUGGACACCAAGGAACUUCAAGCUCUCAACCUGUUCCACUACAGCCCCGUCGAUGAGAAUGGGGGCGUGCUCAGUCCUCUUCUUUUUCCUGUAGUCCACAAUCAUCUCCUUUGUCUUGAUCACGUUGAGGGAGAGGUUGUUAUCCUGGCACCACACGGCCAGGUCUCUGUCCUCCUCCCUAUAGGCUGUCUCAUCAUUGUCGGUGAUCAGGCCUACCACUGUUGUGUCGUCGGCAAACUUAAUGAUGGUGUUGGAGUCAUGCCUGGCCAUGCAGUCAUGGGUGAACAGGGAGUACAGGAGGGGACUGAGCACGCACCCCUGAGGGGCCCCCGUGUUGAGGAUCAGCGUGGCAGAUGUGUUGUUACCUACCCUUACCACCUGGGGGCGGCCCGUCAGGAAGUCCAUGAUCCAGUUGCAGAGGGAGGUGUUUAGUCCCAGGAUCCUUAGCUUAGUGAUGAGCUUUGAGGGCACUAUGGUGUUGAACGCUGAGCUGUAGUCAAUGAAUAGCAUUCUCACGUAGGUGCUCCUCUUGUCCAGGUGGGAAAGGGCAGUGUGAAGUGCAAUAGAGAUUGCAUAAUCUGUGGAUCUGUUGGGGCGGUAUGCAAAUUGGAGUGGGUCUAGGGUUUCUGGGAUAAUGGUGUUGUGAGCCAUGACCAGCCUUUCAAAACACUUCAUGGCUACAGACGUGAGUGCUACGGGUCGGUAGUCAUUUAGGCAGGUUAUCUUAGUGUCCUUGGGCACAGGGACUAUGGUGGUCUGCUUGAAACAUGUUGGUAUUACAGACUCAGUCAGGGACAUGUUGAAAAUGUCAGUGAAGACACUUGCCAGUUGGUCAGCACAUGCUCGGAGUACAUGUCCUGGUAAUCCGUCUGGCCCUGCGGCCUUGUCAAUGUUGACCUGCUUAAAAGUCUUACUCACAUCGGCUACGGAGAGCGUGAUCACAUAGUUAUCCGGAACAGCUGGUGCUCUCAUGCAUGCUUCAGUGUUGCUUGCCUCGAAGCGAGCAUAGAAGUGAUUUAGCUCGUCUGGUAGGCUUGUGUCACUGGGCAGCUCGUGGCUGUGCUUCCCUUUGUAGUCUGUAAUAGUUUUCAAGCCCUGCCACAUCCGACGAGCAUCAGAGCCGGUGUAGUACGAUUCAAUCUUAGUCCUGUAUUGACUCUUUGCCUGUUUGAUGGUUCGUCGGAGGGCAUAGCGGGAUUUCUUAUAAGCGUCUGGGUUGGAGUCCCGCUCCUUGAAAGCGGCAGCUCUAGCCUUUAGCUCAUUGCGGAUGUUGCCUGUAAUCCAUGGCUUCUGGUUGGUGUAUGUAUGUACAGUCACUGUGGGGACGACGUCAUCGAUGCACUUAUUGAUGAAGCCAGUUACUGAUGUGGCGUACUCCUCAAUGCUAUCUGAAGAAUCCCGGAACAUAUUCCAGUCUGUGCUAGCAAAACAGUCCUGUAGCUUAGCAUCUGCGUCAUCUGACCACUUUUUUAUUAACCGAGUCACUGGUGCUUCCUGCUUUAGUUUUUGCUUAUAAGCAGGAAUCAGGAGGAUAGAGUUAUGGUCAGAUUUGCCAAAUGGAGGGCGAGGGAGAGCUUUGUAUGUGUCUCUGUGUGUGGAGUAAAGGUGGUCUAGAGUUAUUUUUCCUCUGGUUGCACAUUUUAACAUGCUGGUAGAAAUUAGGUAGAAAGCGCCACUAUGUGUUGUUGGUAGCCCUUUAUGUUAAACCUUUCUUUGAUCCCCAGCCUGUACUGUAUACGUUUUUUUUGGUCCUUCCUGGCAUUCAUCAUCAUUCGUUGUGGAGGAAAGUUAUUUCAAUGUUCUGUUGCUUGACUUUGAACCUAAGUAGCAUAAUCAGUCCAAAAACUUGACAUUUCAUGUAUUUAGUUGGUCAAUCCUGCAGCCUUUCAAGAAUUCCUUAUUAAGGCUUUUUAUCCAGAGAUGGGGAUUAUAGGCUUUAGUGUAACGUUUCUGCCCUUUUUCACUAGAAGUGUUGUUAUUUCAAAGGAGAGACAUUCACAAAAAACUCCUAAUUAAGUCUCUUAACUCCAGAAUUUAGUUGAAUAGUAGCUGAGUUUAUGUUUAUGGGAUAUUUACUCAAUUGUACGGCCCCUAUCAAAUCAUACAGUAGCAGCUUUGUAUGUCUUUAAAGUUGUUAAAAUGUGUUGUUGUAUUUCUUCUCUCGUUAAGGGCUAAACCGACCAUGCUGGACAGUGCCAAGGUGACGUAUGGAGGGAGAUUCCCUGAGGAGAAAGUGGAGGAGGUGAAAGCAAUGCUUAAAGUUCUCCCAGUGUUCUUUGCUCUUAUCCCAUACUGGACUGUAUACUUUCAGGUGAGAGAUAUUUAUUUACCUAUCCUCCUUAUGGUAACAAAAAGGCUUUCGUUUUCAUAGAUCUAAGCAACAUUAAUUAACAUCAGGAUCAAGCACAGUAGGUUUGUUCAGUGUUUUUGCAGGCAAAAUAGCAUCACUUAAGAAAUAUGAAUUUUAUUUUCACUGUGCUGUAGAUGCAGACAACGUAUUUCCUCCAGAGCCUACAUCUAAGGAUUCCUGACACCAGCACAGGCACCAACAGCAGUGACGGCACCCUCCAGGUAAACUCAAAUUGAACCCCAGCUGAUUUGGAUGGCAGUGUUGUAUCUGUCUAAGUGCUGGCAUGUGUGCUAUGAUUAUACCCACUAGGCAGAGAUGUGAUUUCAAUGUCUAGUUUUGAUUUACAUUUGAUUGAAUUGUCAACUAAUGUGGAAUUCAAUGAGAAAUCAGCAAAAACAUUCACCAUGUUGUUGGAUCUAGGUUAAAGGUUUGGUGAAAAAAAGACUGAAUUCCUUUCCGUUUAAGACUUUUUGCAAAUCCAAUCAGUUUUCCACGUUGAUUCAACGCCAUCACAUUGAAUUGUUUUGUUGAAAUUACGUGGAAACAACAUUGAUUCAACCAGUUUUUGCCCAGUGGGUAGUCACUGUUGCUCUGAACAAAUGCUAGAAAGCAUAGUCUGUCACAUUUUGGGCAUUACUCGAACUUGAAGGUUAAAUAUCACGUUUUGUUUGUUGGCAGACAGCCCCACAGGUCCAGUUGGCUGUCUCUGUCUAACCUGAUUUUUAGAAUGGGAAGGAUUAGUUUCCCUGUAGAAAAAGCAUCAGAAACAACAGCUGGAAGCAGUCAAGGUUGCUAAAGCCCAGAGGAUUAAAUCUAAAGUUUGACCCUCUCCCUAAUCACAGAUAAACAACCUGGUUUUUCAUUGUCUCUUGUGCUUCGGUCAGACAUUUUUUUCCUGGGUGAUGCCUCUGACUAGACUAGGCUAAAUAUCCUCUGUUGUAGUGUGUGCCCCAGUAUCUCCCAGGGAGUAGCCUAUGUGAAGUGUUUAGUUAGUCCACAUCACAUACUUUGACUACAAAUAGGUAAGAGACUAGCACCUGUUUGGGUUUGUUGCUACUUUUAGAUUCAAAAUCUGACAGGCAUUUGAACAUACACAUGCAUAGGGUGAUAAGGGAAGUGUGUAGAGUAAAAUGUGAACUGAAACACUUUCUCUUUAACCACACAUUCUAGGGUGUUAAAACAUCCACCAUCUUAAAGGGGGAAAUCCGUAGUUGAAAUAAUAACAAAGCUCUCCCUGCCACUGUUUCAGUAAAAAGUUGAGGGAUGGGGCAUGAGAAAUGUAACCACUCUCAAAUUCAUAGACAUAGCUAUGGAUGCAAGGACUGACCAUACAUGAUAUCAACAUUAUAGUUUUAACCAUGUUUUGAGGCAAUAGUGUUUUUUUACUUUUACUUUGUUUACAAACAUUGGAGUAAAAUAAUCGUAUAUUUUGUGUUCUGAUAGGGUACGACUGUUGAACUAAGCUUAUGAGGCAUUUAUAAGUUAUAUUCUUCAAGAAUCAAUGGAUACAUAUUAUUAAUUUCUAUGUCGAAAAAUGUACACUACCAGUCAAAAGUUUGGACACACCUACUCAUUCAAGGGUUUUUCUUAAUUUUUACUAUUUUCUACAUUGUAGAAUAAUAGUGAAGUCAUCAAAACUAUGAAAUAACACAUAUGGAAUCAUGUAGUAACCAAAAAAGUGUUAAACAAAUCAAAAUAUAUUUUAUAUUAGAGAUUAUUCAAAUAGCCACCCUUUGCUUUGUACACUCUUGGCAUUCUCUCAACCAGCUUCACCUGGAAUGCUUUUCCAACAGUCUUGAAGGAGUUCCCACAUAUGCUGAGCACUUGUUGGCUGCUUUUCCUUCACUCUGCUGUCCGACUCAUCCCAAACCAUCUCAAUUGGGUUGAGGUCGGGGGAUUGUGGAGGCCAGGUCAUCUGAUGCAGCACUCCAUCACUCUCCUUCUUGGUAAAAUAGCCCUUACACAGCCUGGAGGUGUGUUGGGUCAUUGUCCUGUUGAAAAACAAAUGAUAGUCCCACUAAGCCCAAACCAGAUGGGAUGGUGUGUCGCUGCACAUUUCUUUGGUUACUACAUGAUUCCAUGUGUGUUAUUUCAUAGUUUUGAUGUCUUCACUAUUAUUCUACAAUGUAGAAAAUAGUAAAAAUAAAGAAAAACCCUGGAAUGAGUAUGUGUGUCCAAACUUUUGAUUGGUACUGUAUGUAGCAACUGCAGAUUGCCCCUUUUUUAAAGAUCUAAAAGAGCAAAAACAUGCCACUUAUUCUGUUUUUCAUUUGUAUUUCAAUACUACCUGUUAAAACAGCUUUCGGGUGAAAUGGCCAUUUCUCAGAAAGUGAUUCUAUGAAAAGGUCUUUACAUUCUGAAGUAUCAUUUAAACUGGAAAUGUUAUUGCUUAUUUUCAUUCUCAGCAUGUAAUAUUUCUGUUUCCAAAAAAAGGAAGUGCUUUUACCAUACUCUAAGCAGUCAUCAAAUAGAAAAUGGAAGUGAGAUUAGAUAUCUUUACUUCAGUUAUGUUGUGCGCCUUUAUUUCUGACGACACAUUUGAGCUGUAACUUACAGAGAAUACAGUUGAAGUCGGAAGUUUACGUACACUUAGGUUGGAGUCCAUUAAAACUUGUUUUUCAACCACUCCACAAAUUUCUUGUUAACAAACUAUAGUUUUGGCAAGUCGGUUAGGACAUCUACUUUGUGCAUGACACAAGUAAUUUUUCCAACAUUUGUUUACAGACAGAUUAUUUCACUUAUAAUUCACUCAAUUGAGUGGGUCAGAAGUUUACAUACACUAAGUUGACUGUGCCUUUAAACAGCUUGGAAAAUUCCAGAAAAUGAUGUCAUGGCUUUAGAAGCUUCUGAUAGGCUAAUUGACAUCAUUUGAGUCAAUUGGAGGUGUACCUGUGGAUGUAUUUCAAGGCCUACCUUCAAACUCAGUGCCUCUUUGCUUGACAUCAUGGGAAAAUCAAAAGAAAUCAGCCAAGACCUCAAAAGCAAUUGUAGACCUCCACAAGUCUGGUUCAUCCUGGGGAGCAAUUUCCAAACGCCUGAGGGUACCACGUACAUCUGGGCGGCAGGUAGCUUAGUGGGUAAGAGCGUUGUGCCAGUAACUGAAAGGUCGCUGGUUCUAAUCCCCGAGCCGACUAGGUGAAAAAUCUGUCGAUGUGCCCUUAAGCAAGGCACUUAACCCUAAUUGCUCCUGUAAGUCGCUCUGGAUAAGAGCGUCUGCUAAAUGACAAAAAUGUAAUGUAAAAAUGUACAAACAAUAGUACGCAAGUAUAAACACCAUGGGACCACGCAGCCGUCAUACCGCUCAGGAAGUAGACGUGUUCUGUCUCCUAGAGAUGAACGGACUUUGGUGAGAAAAGUGCAAAUCAAUCCCAGAACAACAGCAAAGGACCUUGUGAAGAUGCUGGAGGUACAAAAGUAUCUAUACAGUAAAACAAGUCCUACGUCGACAUAACCUGAAAGGCCGCUCAGCAAGGAAGAAGCCACUGCUCCAAAACCGCCAUAAAAAAGCCAGACUACGGUUUGCAACUGCACAUGGGGACAAAGAUCAUACUUUUUAGAGAAAUGUCCUCUGGUCUGAUGAAACAAAAAUAGAACUGUUUGGCCAUAAUGACCAUCGUUAUGUUUGGAGGAAAAAGGGGGUCGCUUGCAUGCCAAAGAACACCAUCCCAACCGUGAAGCACGGGGGUGGCAGCAUCAUGCUGUGGGGGUGCUUUGCUGCAGGAGGGACUGGUGCACUUCACAAAAUAGAUGGCAUCAUGAGGAAGGAAAAUGAUGUGGAUAUAUUGAAGCAACAUCUCAAGACAUCAGUCAGGAAGUUAAAGCUUGGUCGCAAAUGGGUCUUCCAAGGGGACAAUGACCCCAAGCAUACUUCCAAAGUUGUGGCAAAAUGGCUUAAGGACAACAAAGUCAAGGUAUUGGAGUGGCCAUCACAAAGCCCUGACCUCAAUCCUAUAGAAAUGUUGUGGGAAAAACUGAAAAAGCGUGUGCGAGCAAGGAGGCCUACAAACCUGACUCAGUUACACCAGCUCUGUCAGGAGGAAUGGGCCAAAAAUUCACCCAAUUUAUUGUGGGAUGCUUGUGGAAGGCUACCUGAAACGUUUGACCCAAAUUAAACAAUUUAAAGGAAAUUCUACCAAAUACUAAUUGAGUGUAUGUAAAGUUCUGACCCACUGGGAAUGUGAUGAAAGAAAUAAAAGCUGAAAUAAAUCAUUCUCUCUAUUUUUCUGACAUUUCACAUUCUUAAAAUAAAGUGGUGAUCAUAACUGACCUAAGACAGGGAUUCUUUACUUGGAUUAAAUGUCAGGAAUUGUGAAAAACUGAGUUUAAAUGUAUUUGGCUAAGGUGUAUGUAAACUUCCGACUUCAACUGUAUAUUUUUCCAGGAAAUCCUACUCUAAUGAUGAUAGCUGAGAGCAGGUAGCCAAGGUAAGCUUGGCAAAGCAAAGGCAAGCAGUAAAGACAUCAAAAAGGGAAUGAAAGAUUUUAUAUUACUGGCCAGAAUAAUAAAUAAAUAAUGUAGUUUUAUAGUAUUUUCCCCUCCCAGUUAGUUUUAAUGUGUAAGUGUUCAGGCAAGGCCAAAUGGGUACAGUAGAGAGGCAGUCACAUGUAUUCUCUCUGGUUCAAUUACUUUCUUGACAAUUUCACAUUGUAAGGUAAAGGGCAGAAAAGCCCAGAAGAGUAAUAAUUCAUCCUAAUCUUCCAAAGUGCAGAGACUUCAGUAAAAACCAACACUCUCCAAAGUUAGACCACCUGUGUUUUUAGGGUCACUUGUCUGCAUACUCAGUCCAAGGGAAGAGUAGCUGCAGGAUAAAGAGCCAUUCCCCUGUAUGGGCUGUUUGUCUGCUUAAUUAACACUUACCAAUGUUAUUGUGCUCCCUCUGGUAGCUCCCGAGUCGUGACUACUGGGGCACCUCUGCCAAUCAAACUAGACUCACCCAGGUGCAAAUACUUAGCACACUUUCAUGUUUUGGAUAUGAUAAUGAAGAACGAUAGGGAGGGGGGGCACACACUCUCAAACCUCAAAGGCACAAUGUAUAAAUUACCAGCGGUUAGUCUAAGAAAUGUAAAUUUAAUCAGAGAAUUAACAGGACCAUCAGAUGUUUAAAACUAGAGAUGUUUUGGGAGUUCAGGGGGCACUUAACAUUUGAAUUGCAAAAUAAAUAAGGACUACGCCUUGCAGUUUGCUGUAGCAUUUUCUCUCAUUCCAGUAGAAAUUACUGUUGAAUUGUAUGCUACUUUUCGAAUAAAACAUUUCCAUCUUGGUUAAUUUGUUAUCCAAUAUAUUCGUAUGUAUAAUUUCAAAGAGUAUUCUGCCAAUAGACUUCUUGGCCUAUAAUAAUAAUGUGCUCUCCAUCUUUGGUCUUUUGCUAAUGCUAAUGCUAAUUGCUACUGCAACAGUCUAUCAUUCCACCCUAACAUUUACAUUUACAUUUUAGUCAUUUAGCAGACGCUCUUAUCCAGAGUGACUUACAGUUAGUGAAUGCAUACAUUCUUUUUUUUAUACUGGCCCCCCGUGGGAAUCGAACCCACAACCCUGGCGUUGCAAAUGCCAUGCUCUACCAACUGAGCUACAUCCCUGCCGGCCAUUGCCUCCCCUACCCUGGACGACGCUGGGCCAAUUGUGCGCCGCCCCAUGGGUCUCCCGGUCGCGGCCUGCUACGACAGAGCCUGGAUACGAACCAGGAUCUCUAGUGGCACACCUAGCACUGCGAUGCAGUGCCAUAGACCACUGCGCCACUCGGGAGACCUGCUGCUAGCACACUUGCUGAUGGGACAACAUGUUACCCACAUAACUUUGAGAAAUUCUGAAUUAUUCUAAUCCAUGAUUAAUUGUUCUUUAGAUGGAAGGCUUCAUCUUACCAGAUACAGUUUGUGUGCAAUAGAUUUUGUGAAAUGUAAAUUAUACUUUCAUUUCUGUUUUUAAUAUCACUUUUUAACUUGAGUUUUGGUUCAGUUUUAGUUCUGUCCAGCUGAGGGCGCCAACACGGUGGCACUGGCAAGGCCAUCAGCACAUCACUCCCUCACCCCUGAGGAACUGGACUGGAGUGCACUGACAUUCUCUGUAUUGUUUUCCAUGCCUUUUGUUCUUCUUGUAAAUAGUUUUUCUCAUGUUUGACUUCUUCUGUAUUCCUGACAGAUCACGUUCCGCUUCCCUGCCGCCUGGCUGACAAUGUUCGACGCAGUGCUUAUUCUCAUGCUGAUCCCCCUUAAGGACAAAGUGGUGGACCCCAUCCUCAAACGGAGAGGUCUGCUGCCCUCCUCCCUCAAGAGGAUCGCAGUGGGGAUGUUCUUCGUCAUGUGGUCAGCUGUGGCGGCUGGUGAGUGGAGUCAGCACUGAGUGCAGCAGCUAAUCCUUACUGUGAAUAUGGCAUGUUUUGAGAGCCUGUCGUGGUAGAUCAUGCUAGUAAAUCUUCCAUUUAUACCACCCCACAUCCUCUUCAACCCACAGUUUCACAAUGUCACAUGUUAGGAAAAACCCGGCUCCUUGAUCUAACAUCUCUCAGUGAUCUGUGUUGCUGUUCCUUAUUCUGUGGCUGGGUAGAUGAUGUCAGGACUCACAAGGCAAACAGGACAAGCAAGCCAAUGUUGCUUUGCUUUAUUUUAGCAGUAUGUUGCUCAUGUUUCAACAGUUUCAAGGACUUAUUUGAGGAGGGAAAGGAUAGGCAGACAGGGAUUAUUUGCAAAAAUUCUCAACAUCCAUACAACAUAUAUCUUUUUUUAUUUGAGUGAAAGGGAAGUGGGAUACCUAGUCAGUUGUACAACUGAAUGCAUUCAACUGAAAUGUCUCUUCCGCAUUUAACCCAACCCCUCUGAAUCAGAGAGGUGCGCGGGGCUGCCUUAAUCGACCUCCCAUGUCAUCGGCGCCCGGGGAGCAGUUGUUGUUGGGGGUUAAUUAACUGCCUUGCUCAGGGGCAGAACGAUAGAUUUUUACCUUGUCGGCUCGUGGAAUCGAUCCUUCAAAAAUGAUUCACACCCCUUGACCUUUUCCACAUUUUGUUGUUGCAGCCUGAAUGUAAAAUUGAUAAAAUAGAGAUUAAUUUACAAUUAAAAGCUGAAAUAUCUUAAGUCAAUAAGUAUUCAACCUCUUUAUUAUGGCAAGCCUAAAUAAAUUGCAAGGACUCAUUCUGUGGGCAAUAAUAGUGGUUAACAUGAUGUUUGAAUGACAACCUCAUCUCUAUACCCCGCACAGAUUCAACCACAAAGACCAGGGAGGUUUUCCAAUGCCUCUUUGAUUUGACCUAUUGGUAGAUGGACACUUAAUGUCCCUUUGAGCAUGGUGAAGUUAUCAAUUACACUUUGGAUGAUGUAUCAAUACUCUGUUGCCGGAGAGUAAGGAAUCCGCUCAGGGAUUUCACCAUGAGGCCAAUGGUGAUUUUAAAAACGGUUACAGAGUUUAAUGGCUGUGAUAGGAGAACUGAGGAUGGAUCAACAACAUUGUAGUUAUUCCACAAUACUAACCUAAAUGACAAAGUGAAAAGAAUGAAGCCUGUACAGAAUAAAAAUAGUCCAAAACAUGCAUUCUGUUUGUAAUAAGGCACUACAUUUAAGUAAUACUGCAAAAAUGUGGCAAAGAAAAUAUAUAUUUUUGUCCUGAAUACAACGCAUCACUGAGUACCACUCUUCAUAUUUUCAAGCAUGGUGGUGGCUGCAUCAUGUUAUGGGUAUGCUUGUCAUCAGCAAGGACUAGGGAGUUAUUUAGGACGGUGAUUCCCAAACUGUGGGGGUGGGGGGGGGGGGGGACUCUUGAAAAUUGUAAAAGUAGAAUGCACAAGGUGCAAUUUCGAAAUUGGGUAGUGCAUCAUCAGUUUGCCUCUUGUCAAGUCAGUCAUUGCAUACCUUAGAGAGCUAUUUCUAACUUGUAAGAAAUGUCCAGAUCAACUAGCCCAUGUCAGCUAAUGUUUUUUAGCCCAUAGAUUUUGUAGUAAUGUUUGCGUAACUCAAAUAUCACAUGAAUACACAUUAGACAUGGCAAAAUUCAUAGAAUUGCAGGAAAUAAGCUUUAAACCUACAACAUUUUCUCUCCGUCAACAAGAGGGGUGUGAUCAAUUUGUGUCAUGAACAGUGCUUGUGCCCGGGAUGUUCCUCAAUGCUGGAAGGGGGGCCUGAGUAAAAAAGUUUGGGAACCCCUGAUUUAGGAUAAAAAUAAAUAGAAUAGAGCUACGCACAGGCAAAAUCCAGAGGAAAACCUGGUUCAGUCUGCUUUCCACCAGACACUGGGAGACAAAUGUACCUUUCAGCAGGAAAAUAACCUAAAACACAAGGCCAAAAAUACACUGGAGUUAUUUACCAAGAGGACAUUGAAUGUUCCUGAGUGGCCUAGUUACAGUUUUGACUUAAAUCAGUUUGAAAAUCUAUGGCAAGACUUGAAAAUGGCUGUCUAGCAAUGAUCAAUGAUCAACAACCAACUUGACAGAGCUUGAAUAAUUUUAAAAAGUAUAAUUGGCAAAUAUUGUACAAUCCAGGUAUGCAAAGCUCUUAGAGACUUACCCAAAAACACUCACAGCAGAAAUUGCUGCAAAAGGAGAUUCUAACAUGUAUUGACUCAGGGGGUUGAAUACUUAUCUAAUCAAGAUAUGAGUGUUUAUUUUUCAUUAAUAAAUAACAAAUUGUAAUUUUUCUUCCACUUUGACAUUACAGAGUAUUGUGUGUGGAUCGUUAACAAAAAAGGACAAUUAAAUCCAUUUUAAUCCCACUUUGUAAUAUAACAAAAUGUGUAAAAAGUUGAGGGGUGUGAAUACUUUCUGAAGGUACUGUAUAUUUGACCAGCCUCACUGUCCUCUAAAAAGAGGAGCUGACCUUCAUAGGGCUGUUUGUUCUUCAGGACUCAGCAGGUAGUCUGUCAGUAAGGUAUUCAUAUUCUUUGCAUCAGAACACAGCUCUCUGGUAAAAUGGUAUCAUACAGACUUGGAAAAUAAAAAAGCCCCAAAGGUGUACUUUGUUUCCUCAUCCUUAUAUAGCAUAGAGAGUAGAUAUAUGGCAUCCCAUCCUCUAUUCUGGUUCUGUUUGACUGCACCCACAUCGAGCACUACUCAGUUCAGUUCCAGCCCGUGGAUUAUCUUUGAAAUAGUCUCAGCCUAGUCUGUCACUGGCUGCUGCAUUGAUGUAUUCAGGCUAAAAUAUUUUGAGUGAGUCGAGCAUUUUCUCAAAUCAGUGGCACGCUUGAGAACCAAUACACAUUUUAUUUUCACAACCAGGGUCUCUUUCCUCCUCGUCGAUACAUUUUCACUCCAGCAUAUAAGCACAUUAAAUGUGCUGGUGACCUUGGGGAUGGUGAGACAAUAACUUUUUAAUUCACAGCUGAAUACCGUUAACAGGCUUUUGUAAAGCAUAAUUCAUAUCUAGUGUGGUGUAAAUAUUUUGUUCACAGUAGCAUUAAACAACAUGCCCACACACAGUCCCAGUAGUCAUUGCUUUAUUCUUAUUGAUAUUGCAUUACAUUCUGCUGUAUGAGGCGUAUGACUGUGUGAUAGAGGGAUAGUGAUCCAGAGGCUCUAGCUAGCUGGUAGCUGGUGCCCCGUGUGGGGAUGUCAUCAGAGCCUAAUGAAGACCCCAGAGACACAGCCCUCCCUCCCCAUGGACAGACCGGCUCAGCUGGAUCCCACUCACUACUGCAGCACCGUCAUUAAUAAACCACAGCCAACCACAGGCACCUUGCAGAAGGAAUUACUUACCAACUUACUGUCUAAACAUGGGUUUGUAUGUGUGUGCAUCUAUACUAGGUACUGUAGUGUAGGUAGGUGGGGAUGUAUAUUUGUGUGAGAAAGAUUUUUCAUUUAGCCUGUCUGAGACAGCGCCUGUAUACAGUAUUUUCUUUGCUAUUGUAUCGUUCUAUUAACCAACUCUAAUGACGCUAUUCUUUGGACACAGACAAUGCUGUCUAGAUGCUCACUGUGCCACUACUAUUGCGAAAGGAAAUGUAUUUAGUAUAUGUUUGUUUCAUAUGGUCAAAGGCUUUUCUUGCCGUUUAUUUACCAUAACAACAUUUAAAAAGAAAAUUGCAGCACUUGAAAGUAGGGAGAAGAAAAAGGUUGAAUAUUUUAAAAAAACUAUUUGAACUCACAGUAGUGAAGAUAAAGGGUUUAUGGCAGUACAGCAGCCUCUACUGUGGCCACUGGUCACACAGAGGACAGGUAGGGGGUGAAUGCUGCAUAACUCCUUAACUCUACUCUUGCAUGUCCCAACCUCUUCAUACUGGAUAACUGUGGUCUGACAGUUCACACACUGAUUUAGCUCUCUUUAAUGUAUAAGGCAGCAAAUCACGUAGCUAUUAUAGUAUAAUAAUUUGUUUUGGAAACACUAAUUUAUGUCCUAUACAUUUCAGUGUCUGUAACAUGUGCCAUGUUCUACUUUGGAGAGGGCCUUUAUAGUUAAUUGACAGUCUGUACUCUGUUACUCCUGCUAACUACUAUAUUAAAGAGGCCUUAAUCCUCUGCUGCGCAGUAACUGACCUAAUGGUGUAUAGGGAACACACACCGUAGGACACAGAUGGGCAGCUGUGCAUCUGCCAUAGUGGUAUCUGUUGCCUCGGGCACAGCUAGCAUCAACACAGCCUUGCACGCCUGCCAUCCUCAGUUCACAGGGUUGGCAUCUAUCGCUAUGCCGACCUGCCCUUUGUUGAGUGGUGGAUCACAAAGCGGGCCCUCACCACAUGGUGUGGGAAACAUGGCAAAGCUGCGUUGACAUUGCCUUUGAAGGCCAUUGACAUUGCCUUUUAUCAGUUUCAACAAUCUCUUAAACUGAAUUCUAAUCUGCUUUAGCUAGUGCUGAAUGUGUUCUAUAUUAGAUAUGCAAAAGUAGCUCUAGCUUAUUUUUUUAAAGCACCCAGGGAUAGGGCUCAAAUGCCAGAUAUGAUGUUGAAAAAGCAGUAUAUGUGUGUUUAUGGCGAGUGUAAGAAGUUGCUUUGGGCAGGGCAGCGACCGCCUUGCCUUGCCUGGGAUGGACAGGCGGUAUUAUAGGCUAGCUGGAUUAGAAGGCCCCAUCCCCUCUCAAAUACAGCAUAAAGUGUGGGGAGAUGAUAGGAGGCUGUCGCUGGGCGUUAUCUGGAAAUAGCUGCUGGUUCCAUGAUAAUGGUUAUCGAAUAAAGCUUUUAGGAAGCAGCAGCUGCUGAUGACAACUGCUAGGGGUGUUAUUGUUGAGUUGUCGGCUCUCCUCCAUUACUAACUGCAUGCAGAUGUGAUCUUAAUGAAUUGACUUGACACUUAAGCCCUAAUGGAAUGUUAGAUCCCCUUUCUCCUGCCACAGAAUCUGUUUGUCUGUUUGUCCGUGGCUCUUAAUUUAGAACGCUUAGGACUUUUACAAGUAUUCUGUUUUUAUGACUGUUGUAUAUUGAGGGCAAAAGUGGUGCAUCUCGGCAGAGAAAGUUUAAAAGCUGAGUCAGUCCUCAUCUUUAGAUGGUGCCAAUCAAUAUUAACAAGGGGUGAUAGCCAUUGCUUUCUCUUGUAGUGUUUUUUUCCCUCAUUCGGUUUACAGACAAAAUUAACCAUUACAUAUUUUCAUAAUUCAUAAAAACAAGAGUUGUUCAAGUUUUUGUUCCUAUCGGUGUUUGUGCACUGACAUAAUUCAAGCAUCUAGGCCUAAUUACAUUCUAAACACAUUUUGUGCCUCCUUCCCUACAGGUAUACUGGAGACAAAACGACUUGAGAUCAUCAAAUCUAAUGGCACCAUCGACCAGGUCUUUGGCGAUGUCAUCUACUACGCAGCAGAUCUGCCCAUAUGGUGGCAGGUGCCUCAGUAUGUGCUCAUCGGAAUCAGCGAAAUCUUUGCCAGCAUCGCAGGUAUGUGGAAUGCUGUUCUGUUGGCCAGUUGA